AAAUAAAAAGUGUUAGGCGCAGAGGAAAACAGAAAUCAAAACAUCAACAACUUCUUGAUUGUAUUCCAUCUUUUAGGGCUUGUAUUCUUUCCAAAUCGUAUAAAUGGAUCCACCAAAUCACCCUUCCGACACCGAAAUGUCUGAGGCCGCCGUGGCCCCUCCGCCACCGCAGCAGCAGCAGCCCUUGCCCGGAAUCGAUAACAUCCCGGCUACCCUCAGCCAUGGUGGUAGGUUCAUCCAGUAUAACAUCUUUGGGAACAUCUUUGAAGUUACGGCCAAGUAUAAACCCCCAAUCAUGCCCAUUGGCAAAGGAGCAUACGGCAUAGUCUGUUCGGCUUUAAAUUCGGAGACGAAUGAACACGUUGCCAUUAAAAAGAUUGCCAACGCCUUCGAUAAUAAAAUUGAUGCGAAGAGGACGCUUCGGGAAAUCAAGCUUCUUCGUCAUAUGGAUCAUGAAAACGUUGUUGCAAUUAGAGAUAUAAUUCCACCUCCAGAGAGGAUGUCAUUUAAUGACGUCUACAUUGCUUAUGAGCUCAUGGAUACUGAUCUCCACCAAAUAAUUCGUUCCAAUCAAUCAUUAUCAGAGGAGCAUUGCCAGUACUUUCUGUAUCAGAUCCUGCGUGGGUUGAAAUACAUACAUUCAGCAAAUGUGCUGCACAGGGAUUUGAAGCCUAGCAAUCUUCUCCUGAAUGCAAAUUGUGAUCUCAAAAUAUGUGAUUUUGGAUUAGCUCGUGUUACAUCUGAAACUGAUUUCAUGACAGAAUAUGUUGUUACAAGAUGGUACCGUGCACCAGAGCUAUUGUUAAAUUCUUCUGAUUAUACUGCUGCAAUUGAUGUAUGGUCGGUAGGUUGCAUCUUUAUGGAGUUGAUGGACCGGAAGCCCUUGUUUCCUGGCAGAGAUCACGUACACCAGCUACGAUUGCUUAUGGAGUUGAUUGGAACUCCAUCAGAAGCGGAAUUAGGAUUUCUAAAUGAAAAUGCAAAAAGAUACAUCCGACAACUACCUCAGUACCGACGACAGUCAUUCACUGAAAAAUUCCCUCAGGUUCAUCCUGCUGCUAUUGAUCUGAUCGAAAAGAUGUUGACAUUUGAUCCUAGACACAGAAUUACAGUUGAAGAUGCAUUGGCCCAUCCGUAUCUAACAUCACUGCACGACAUCAGUGAUGAACCAGUGUGUUUGACCCCAUUUAGCUUCGACUUUGAGCAACAUGCCUUAAUCGAGGAGGAAAUGAAGGAGAUGAUUUAUCGGGAGGCGCUUGCAUUUAAUCCCGAAUACCAGCAGCAGCAUAUGUGAGGAUGAGGAGGAGGAGGAUUCGAUGUUUGUUCGUUUGUUUGUUUGUUGUGUGGUUUUCAUCAUUAUUAUUAUUAGUGUGGUAAUUGAAUUCUGUUUUGACUGAGACAUUAUGUGUUUGUUGUUGUAUAUAAACCUGGAAGUCUGGAAUCAUUUGGCAACCAAUACCAGUUACUGUUAGGUCUCC